AUGGUCGACUUAAUUUCUGCUCCAGAUCCACACCAACUUCUUCCGCCUGUCCUGGCCUGUCUUCCGACUGCCUUCGCUUCUGAUCGCCCUCCACCCGCUCUGCUGGACCUCGUAUCCCCCAUUCUUCGACAGCGAUUGCAGCUCAUUACCUCGACGUAUACUUCAUCCUCCGAGAGCUGGCUGCGGCUCCUAUGCUGGGAUCAAGAGAAGGGAAAAGCACUGAAAGAUGUGGUAGAGGGCGGUACAUAUGAACCGCACCCCUCUUCCGGAGAGAUUGAAAUUGGGGAGGUUGGGUCCACCAAAUACAAGCGCUUGGAUCAAGACACACUACGUGCACAGAUCGUGCUUCCAGAAUGGAACUUGAUUGCUGUUUAUCUCUGGUGUGCCGGAAGCGAGGGUGGCGGUGGAUGGAAGCUGGCCGAACUGCUGCCUUGGGACAGUGACCUGGAGCUGGAUCCAUCGUGGUCUCAUUCCAUAGCUGAGGCGAAUGACAGCUCCAGGGACCAUACGGUGUCGGAAGCCAUUCGGGAUCCCGACGCCGGAGAACAAACCCCGGUGGGGGAAGACGACGAUGACGACUACUGGGCACAAUACGACAAGACUCCAGGGCGAACUCCUGCACAGAACAGUUCUCCCACUCCCAACGGUAGUGCCGCCGGUAGGCGAAUUAGUCACUCUGAUCGUGAAUACUAUGCACAGUACAGUAAAGUGCAGCCUGUGAUGGACAGUCAUGACCUGUCUGAAGUGCCCAAUCAGAUUGGAAGUUCAUCAGUACAGGGAGAUAUCCUUGAGAGUAUCAUGCGGCGGCAGUCGGGGAAAAAGGAAGGACCAGGGCCGAUGCAGCGGGAGACUCAGGGGAUGCAGACAGGAGUGGCGGAGAACAUGCUUGUCAAUCACCCACAGCCAUCCCCACCAUCGAGCGCAACCUUGAGCGCUGUGGCACGACUAGAAGAAGGAGCCUGCCAACAAUCAGCAUCGGAGAUCGGCAUACGGCAGCAUAUCAGUACCACUAUGAAAAGUCUGUACAGGCUGGCGAGUAGUGCUGGAAUAGAGCGAGAUGAGUUUGAUCGGAUCAUACACAGGGAGUUGGAAACAAACAGCAUACUUGACACUUAG